AUGAUCGACGCCACCGACUUCAUCUUUGCCCCAGAGCCUGGUGAGAGUACGGAGCGGCGCCUUAGCUUCCUGGACUUCCUGGACCUGAUCCUCUCGCUCCGCGGAACGAACAUCGCCACAAUGAAGGACAUCGUGGACCUGCGGAAGCAGCUCAAGUCUACCUACGAGCGACUGAAGAGCAAGCAGCUUGCCAAGAGUCGGACGUACGCCACCCUCAGCAUGGGACCAGACGACGCCCAGAGAAAUUUGCUUGGGACUCCAUAA